GACGCUCCUGUCGGGUUGAGUUGUUUUGGUUCGUGUAGGUGAAACUUCAUUCGUGUGUUGAAACGCUGUUAUAAUUUGCGCCCUGGACACUUUCGGGAGCCACCAUGGCGUACUGGUUUCACCGAAACCCUUUAAAAGCCACUGGCAUCGUCAACUUUGACCUCAAAAUGCUUGCCAUGGACAGCCAAGCGCUGAAGCUGUGCAGUGACCUGCGUUUGGCGAGAAACCACCUCCUCGACCUGCUGACUGACCCUCUGAACGACAUUGGCACAAUUGAAACGGCCCUGAACACUUACCUGGCACUGUUCGCUGGCAUGAUCCUGGCCCCUGAUGAAAAGGGGGGUGAGAGCAAGCUGAGAUACACCACAAGGUUUCGCUGGACUCAGACCAUGCUGGGACAGGCACCACUUGUGCAGUCAGAUGCAGUCUUUGAGCUGGUUUCGAUCUGCCAGAAUGUGGGGAUUUGGCACAUGAAGCAUGCGUCGGCGAUUGCUGCCAAGGAGGACAUCAGCAUGGAUGAAGCAAAGGACGUGCACACGUGUCUCAGGAAAGCCGCUGGCUACUUCUGCGCGAUGAAGAACAAGUACGUGGGACAGCUGAGAGAGCAACCAGUGCCGGGAUCCGACAUGGACUCGCGAGUGGCGUCCGCCUACAUCAACCAGUGCACUGCAGAAGCACAGGAAGUGACCAUUGGGCGAGCCAUUGAGAUGAAGCACGCCCCUGGGCUCAUUUCUGCCCUGGCCCACGAGACAUCAAAGAUGUACACUUCGGCAGCGGACUCCCUUGCGAGCCUCGAAGCAUCCAAGUUUGGACGUUGGAGGAAAUUUCUCAUUCUUAAGGCUGUCUUUUAUCUCUCCUAUGCGUACUGCUAUGCGGGAGAAAACUUGUUGGCGCAGGAGAAGUGUGGAGACGCGAUCAGGGCCCUGCAGGAGAGCCACAAGUGCUACCAGGAUGCUGUGCAAAUCUGCAGGCAGUACAGCACCAUGAAGGGACCUGGCUCUGCAGCUAAGAUCGACCAGCACCUCUUCUUCCGCAAGCUCGCGCCCCUGGUUAAGCGGACCCUCGAAAAGUGCGAGCGGGAGAAUGGCUUCAUAUUCCACCAAAAGGUGCCCAACGACGCACCCGAACUGGAACUGAGGGCCACGUACGGCCUGGUGAGCCCCGAGGAAUUCCAGAUGCCCGCCCAUGACAAGGCCUGGACGCCAGUUGUCUACGCCGCUUUUUACGUACAGACCAGCGGCGCUCCUGACCCUGCAAACUCGAAGGCAGCCGUCAAGGCUGAAGGCGAUCUCCCGGCAGUGCAGGAGAAGACGUCUUCCCAUUCCACUGCCGACCCAAAGACGGAAAGCGGAUGCAUCUUGCAGUGAAGCCGUCUUCCAGGGUCCCCGAAGGGUCCUUGGCUUGGCAGUGCAAUGCUUGGCUUUUGUAAAAUAGAGAUCUUUAAUAUAUAUGCACAUCUCUGUAAAUGAGUACCUUAAAGCAAAGGUCCUUCUAAUAUGCAAGCAUGUGUACUGUUCCCCUGGACAGCUCAAUCGGCGCAAUUCGUUGGUGCGGUGCAUCUACUGCUACUUGGCUUUUCUUUUUUUUUUUCUAAUCUCUCGUUCCUUUAAUAUGAGUGACUGAUUUUAAGGAAUACAAGGUAGAACAAACAUAUGAAGAGUUUCAAACUACUUUGUCCUAAAGGGGCCACGAUGCUAGAUUGUUAAGUUAAGCAUUGAAUUCGAAAGAAAAUUUGCAAGGUAUGGGCUUGGGCUGGUUGUUGGCGUCGGUGAUCCAUAAUGUCGUUUGCUGCGCCAAGUCAAAGUGAACAACGAUACAGAAAGUGCAUGUUUCAUCUUUCUGCAUUCUUGUUCACUUUGUGAUUUGGCACAAAAAACGAUGUUAUGAAAAUUUGUAGUUCAGAAUUUUGACAUUGUACAGUAUUUGAACCAUACAGCUUUCUGGCAACACCUACAGAUGUUGAAUUAAGGUGAUCUUUGCAUGGUCAGUUUUGUUUUUGCAUGUAGUCAUUCCGAGAUAGGUUUCUGCAGGCAUUUGGUGGUUGGCGCUGUUUCUUGUGCAAUCAAAAUAACUGUGGGCACGGUGUAACCACACCAGUAGAUGCCAGAGUGUGUAGAAAUAGAGCAAGAAUAGUGCAGGCUGACUUUGGUACGGUGUCGGAACAUUUCGGUGCAAACCACACAGUAAUGGCUUUGCGUUUAUUGAUACCACUCAAGCCGUGCCAAAAUGGCAGUCGCUUUAGGUGGGAGGGGCUUAGAUGCAGCAAUACAAAAUUAAAAAUUUAAGGUGUACAACUUGCGCCGAGAGCUUGGAAUUUUCACUGGUUUGACGACGUUGGUCCCUCUGCUCUCAAUUACGAUCAUCAACAACCAUGUUGUGGCCCCUUUAAGGAACAUAAAUUGCUUUAAGUAGCUUAGAUUUUUGUCAUACAUGUAAGUUUUUGCAAAGAAAGACCACAAUGCAGCAUUUGUAGAUUGCACAGAGGGUAUCAAUAAGUAUUGAUACGGAUUGAAUGCAAGUCCACCUGAUUUACGUCUUAGCUUAGCAACAGUUUUAAUUACCAGGAGCACGCAAAGAGCCCACUGCGUAACCAGCAGGGAACACGGACAUAUUUGCAAGCUUUUUAUGCAGCUGAGACUUUUCUCAUAUAUUUUGUUUUCUUUACAUUUUUUUAUUCUUACUGCUUAGGCUGUGAUAAAUUACGAUCAUUCAGAAUCUUCACGCCGUUUCUACAAGACUUACACAAUUUCUUUCCUUCUAAUUGUAUCUUGUUUGAUGUCCCGGUGUCUGCAUUAUACGAUAAGAGCCCAAGCAAUGUAUGUUUGUUCAGAUGGGCAUAACAUUUACAGUUUGGCGAAGCUGCAAUUUUUUCAUAGGAUUGAUAUGUACUAUGAGGUAUUACACUUAAUGGUUUGGAAAUAUCUUCAGCCAAAUUGCCGAUGAGGUUGCCUGAUGGAAGCUGACUUGUGCGCUCAUUGCAAACGACAAACGUGUUUUCCUUUGCACGGUUGUGUCGCAGCAGAUGGAAGUAAUCUGUGCUGUAACUAUUAUGUCCUGCCACUCUUGACUUUACUGUACGCCGUAUUUCAUGCACUACUUGUUCUGCGCAACUCGCCUUUUCAGUGUUGUGAAGAAAAAUUGUGCACGUCCCAGCUUUCAGCGUUUACGACUGUACUUUUCAUGUGUGCUGUUAGGCUGUACGAUACGCCUUUUUUCAAACUGUUGCACCUUCGCUUAGCCGAGCGCACUUUGUGUGGUUUUAAUCCAGCGUUAGAAAAAUUAGUGCUCAGAGAUGUCGAGCCUUCAUUGUCCGAGCAGGGUUUCCCUUGUGUUUGAAUUGAGAAUUUUCGAGCCCUUCUCAGCAACUACUACAACAUUGGGCUUGACGGCCGUUUGCAGCAUGUGUUUAGUGUAGGUGCCCAUCCCGUCCCAGCAUGCAAUGCAGACGCUAUUUUUGUACAUUGUGGCGAGCAAUAAAAGGUGCUUUACCGCUUGUACUGUAA